AUGAGCUCGCUGUAUGAGGUGCUGGGGGUGUCGCCGGAUGCUACACAGGCAGAGAUCAAGCGGGCAUACCGCAAACUGGCGCUGCAACACCAUCCGGAUAAGGUGGUCGACGAGUCGUUGAGGGAAGAGAGCGAAGUCAGGUUCAAAGAGAUCACAGCGGCGCAUGAGAUUCUGAUUGACGAGGAGAGGAGGGCGCAUUACGAUCGGUACGGGGACGGCAGCGGGUUUGCGGGUCGAGAUGAGUUCGAAGAGGCGGCGUUCAUGAACUUCUUCCACAGCUUUGGGCCGUCUGGCCCGGGUGGGUACGGUGGGUUUGAGGAGCCGGAGGCGGAGAGGUCUCGAGACGUCCAGGUGGUGUUGAGCGUGUCUAUGGCGGACUGCUACAACGGGAAGAGCUUCAAGUUCCAGUCGAAGAGGAACGUGGUGUGCGAUCGGUGCCGCGGGUCAGGCUGGCGCAGACGCAAUGGGCAGGUAGUGCCGCCUCCCGAGGUCGAAUGCAGGCCGUGUGGCGGCCAGGGCUCGAAGCAGAGGAUAAGAAGGGUGGCUCCCGGGUUUGCGGCGACCGAGACUGUCAAGUGUGCCAGCUGCGGCGGGAAGGGCAGACAUGCGGCAAGGCCCAGCUCGGAGAAGAAUAAGUGCAAGAAGUGUGCCGGCAACGGACUGCUGAAGGAGUCGAAGGCGCUCAAGGUGUCCAUUCCGCGAGGCUCGCGCCAGGGCGACCAGAUCGUGCUGGAGGGCGAGGCAGACCAGGAGAUCGGCAAGCCUGUGACGGGCGAUCUGGUGUUUGUCGUCGAGGAGGGCACGACGUGUCCUGAGGGAGCCGAUCUGAGGAGGCAGGGCUUCGAUCUCAUCACACAUCUCACCAUAUCCUUGGCGGAAGCGAUCACUGGGUUCAGCAAGCGCCUGACAAAGACGCUGGACGGCAGGAUCCUGAACUUGAACGUGCCCGCCGGUAAGGUGAUCAGGCCCGGCGAUAUCGUGAAAAUACCGUUGGAAGGGUGGCCAAUGGACUCCAGGAAGGCCGGGGACCUUUACGCUAUCAUGAACAUCGAGUUCCCGCCCGACAACUGGUUCAGCGAGAGAUCCGAUUUGUUGCAAGUGCAAAACGUGCUGCCUGCCGAGAGAAGUCCGGGCGCACUGGACGAAGACCCUAGUAACACCGAGACAGUGACCAGAAUGACCAUCGUUCAUGAAUUGCCGAAUAUUUCAAAUGAAGGCCAGUACAAGGAUUCUGGUACAAAACCGGGAACUCCCGGAUGUGCUCAACAAUGA